UGUCACGAUGAAUAAGAAGAGGAGAGCAAGGGGUGGGUACGUUUUCAAAGGGAUUCCUUGCGGGGCCCAAGGGAUUUGGGACGCUGCCCCUACGCCAGACUACACCUCCCAUCAUGCAGAGUUGGGGGGAGUCAGCCCUGGAACACGACCAUUUGGAAAGGCUGAAGGAGGACCGGACCCACGCCCUUACCUCUCACGCCCCUCCGCUUAUGCAAGCCCCAGACGCCAGGUUUCUAAGGGGCCCCUGUUCCUGUGUCUUUGGCUGCGGCUCUCUGUCUCGGCGGAUCCCCAGGAACGCAGAAAAUCCUCACUCUGUCCCUUUCUGCUCUUAAAGCCAGAGGCAGGAACAGCCAAGAGAAAAUUUGGGACCUCCAACUACUCCCCUCUUUUCCAUUACCCUGUGGCUGAGCUUGUUUUGUUUGUAUCCCCCCUCUGCAGCUGUCGGGAGCAAAUUCUCCAGCGAGCAAGGACCGUUACGUGCCAGUUCCUGCGGCUGGAGCACCCGCCCCGGCUCACAGCCAGCAUGACGCGCCAGGUGCGAGAAGAGUGGGCCGCAGAAGCAGCGCGGUCCCCAGACCCCUCCAUCGGGGGACAGCAUCUUAAUAUAACCUCCAAUCAGACAUUGGUGAUCCAAAGAGGGGGCUGCCUACAGAUCUCCCAGCACAUCACCCUGGAUGAUCUUGGCUGGCAGAGCUGGGUGCUGAGCCCCAAGUCCUUCAUCUUCACCGAAUGUCUGGGGUGCCACUGCCACCGAAAGAGAGAGGAGACUCAGCUGCACUUUUGGAGCCGGGCAUGUGGCCUCCAGCAGCCAAGCCAUCAAGCCUAUGCGGAUGCCCAACAGAGACGCUGCUGUCGACCCCAAAAGACCCUGGUUCCCUUCGUGUUCCUCAAAGAGGACGGCUCCUUGAACAUCCAGACGGUCCGCCUGACGCACGAGUGUCACUGCCGGCCCUGAAGCCCCCGCUCGCCCCUCGCCGAGCCCCCAGGAACCUUCAGCGCAUGGGGGGUGCUGGUUGUCAGCAAGCAUCACCUCUCCAGCUUUGGGGCUUGCUGAUGCAGGGAGAGCAUCCCUGGGGGUGGGGAACCAACCCUUUUUCUUUUCUUUUUUAAACACACAGACAGUUCCCGAGGGAGGGGAGAGCCCUUGUCCCCAGCCCCUCCAUUGCAAAUGCGAGCCCACCUGCACCACUAUGCGAAGCGCUUUGGAAAGAGGCCUCGCAGGUGUGGGUGGCGCGAGGCAUCCUGGGAGUUGUAGUUUGGCCAAGGCGGCGGGGGGGGCGGGCGUAACCCCCAGCCUCUCACUUCUUGCAAACGGGGCAUGCUGUCUUGGGGUGGGAUCGCUUGAUCGGGUGGAAAUUUCCAGCCCUUGUUCCUACGCCUUGAACAGCAGCCAAAUACUAACCCAGUUCACACCCUGACAAGCCAUCAUUUACUAGACCAUAGCUUGCUGAGCGGCUUGGGUCAUCCAGCCCGCCAUAAACGACAGGUGACCAAGUACUGGGGCUAAGUUCUGCACCCUCCUAUCGAGCUAGAGAAAGCUACUUUUGCAACUGCUGAAAAAUGACUGCUGCAGAUUUCUGCUGUGAAACGCCCAGAAGUAGAUCCAGGCCGGAAACCUAGAAACGCCCUCCGAGUAUCAGGGUGAAAUUGAUUGAAAUGCAGCCAAGAUGCCCACUGCGUCACACUGGCAGAAGGGAAGGAUGGAGUUAUAAAUGCCCCGUGUGGUUUUUUUGUAUUUUUCACGUUGUUAUCGCUCUGAAUCUUCACAGAUUUGCAAUAA